UGUAGAUAUGUCUACCUCCGAGUCUAGGCUCGUGGCCGGGUUUGGAGCGUCGACGUCUAACAGCGAUGGCGUUACUUCUCACGGACAGUCGAACUUGCCGCAGCAAGAGCAAGGAUUUCUGCAGAUGACGGGAAACAACAAGAACACUGGUUCUGCUGGUAUGAAGUGCCCCUGUGAUAUGAAAUAGAACUAGAAGUGCACUGCCACUGUCUCCCCUUCAUCUAGAACAUUCCUUUCAUGAUCACAUUGAAAAACAAAAGAAUUACUUUCGCUGCUGAGAUUUCUGUUUCCUGAGUGCUGUACAUGUACUUGUUUGCCGUAAGAAAUUUUCGAAACCGCUGGUAGGGGGGCAAUGAUGCGGCUCAUGAAAUCGUUUCCGACAGCACGACACAAAAGAAAAUUUCCAUUUUUCCCUUUCCUCAGGUGGUUCCAGCAUCGAUAGCCAUGUUAUCACUGCAAAUUUUGUGCUGGGCAAAUCAAAAUGACUUUGUGUUUAUGCGGGUGUUGCCACCCUGCCGGAAUCGCUGUAGAAGUUGAACCGCUGAUUAUGAAAUUACUCAGUUUUUUGGCAACUACUACAUCACGACCAUAGCCGUGGCAACAUGAGAAUAAUCCCGUAACAGGAACAGAAAAAUUGGUUUGCCUCAAUGGAGAUAACUUUUGGUUUCAUAGAGCACCAGCACUGCAAUGCGGUUGCUACGACGUUUCUACCCGCCGCGAUCUCGUCCUCUACUUGUGCCCCUCCAGCGAACGACCACGUACAUCACCCCAUUGCGUCGACUACCGUGAGCAACCAACCCAUCGUCCCAUAUUUUUCGCCGCAGUUUCAGAACCACCAGCUUGAUGGCGCGCCAGUUCUUGCUAACCAAAUGUUGACUCAUGGAGGUGGUGAAUCUUCUGGAACAAUGGUCUACAAUGCAGCCGCUGCUGUCGGAGCUCCUUUCGCGAACACCAUGAUGAACAAGAACAGGUCACACGAUAGCAUGGGCAGUUUGGUUUCUUCGAAGAAUGAUCAGCACUUCAUCUACCCGACGAAUAGCGCGAGCACGUCGACCUUCAUCGGUACAACUUGUAAUAACUACACAUUGUCAACAACAAAUAAUCUCUACAAUUUGGAGCACCCUCC